AUGGGAGUCGUUAGUUUUAAUAAUGGUGGUGGUACUAUCCUGAUUUUAGCAAUGAUAUUCAGCACCACUGUUGCAGGUAAAGUCUGGUAGUCUUACAAGUCAAUUUAUUGUUGCAACUGCGCAUUAGAUUGUGCCAGGAUUAUAAAAUUAUAAAAUCUACUCAAGACAGAAUGAUGAGUUAAAAUCCGUUGUACAAUAUUCAAAUAUUUAGUUUAGCUCUGCAGCUUUUGUCAAAUGAUAAAAUAUUGAUAAAAUGAUAACAUUGAUUUCAAUGAAAAUAUAUGCUUUCAAAUAUUUUUAAUAGAAACAAUAUCAAUGUUUUUUGAGAAUCGUUGGGUGGUGUUGGGCCUCUCUCCUCCGCAGAGGCUCUCUUCUUCCACUAUUCGCCAUGUGAAGUGUAGUGAAAUGCAUGUCAAUACUAAUCGUAAUCACAGCCAACAGAAGCCUCUGCGGAGGAGAGAUGUUGGGCCAUUUGAACAGAUCUGGUCUUUAGAUCGAUGUUCAAAGCUUUAAAGAAGAAAAUUCUUUAUUUCUAGAACGAUUUGAGUAGCCUAAAUAAACGAAAGUACUCCGCUGACCUUAGCCCACGUUAAAUAUUCUUUUAUGCAGUGUUUAUCAAAUUAACAUUGUCGUUUUUACUUCCUAAUAUAGGCAUAAAUAUAGUAGAUGUUAGGAUAAAUAUCAAGCUUUUUCUCUACUCCCAACGCGUCAUUUAGAUAAAUAUGGUUUCGAGGCCACGAAUUAGUCUGAAUUCAGAGUCUGCUCAGCUGUGAUUGGAUAGUGCAUUAGUCGUUAGAGCAAACGCCUUUCACUUCUGAGAUUUUCGCUUCGGACUUUAUAUUCUGUCGAAAGAGCCCGCUGUCGCCUGCAUAUUCAGCAGUGUUCGUAAAGGUCCUUAAACUCCUUGAAAGGUGCUUAAAUUAAAAAAUCAUUCAAUUUCAAGGGAAAAGUCCUAGAAUACACAAAAUUUGUUAGCAGUGGCAAUGCUUGGAGUGCUUGAGAAUUACGCAAAAUUAGCCUCCUCCGGAGGCAACUCUUGUGGCAUCUCAAAUGGCAAACUUUUGAAAAAUCCCCAUCAAAAACGAGCAAUACUGUCGCGAACGGCGAAUUAAUAAUAUUUAAUGUGAUUUGGGCCGAGUAGUAAUAAAAUUAAGGGGAUUGGGCCGGGGAUUUGCGGGAUAAUGGGGGAUCUUGGGGGAUAAAACCACAUUAAAUAUUAUUAAUUCGCCGUUCGCGACAGUAUUGCUCGUUUUUGAUGGGGAUUUUUCAAAAGUUUGCCAUUUGAGAUGCUACAAGAGUUGCCUGCGGAGGAGGCUAAUUUUGCGUAAUUCUCAAACACUCCAAGCAUUCCGUUUGCCACUACUACAAAUUUUGUGUAUUCUACGACUUUUCCCUUGAAAUUGAAUGAUUUUUUUAUUUAAGCACCUUUCAAGGAGUUUAAGGACCUUUACGAACACUGCUGAAUUUGCCAUUUGAGAUGCCACAUGAGUUGCCUGUGGAGGAGGCUAACGCAAAAUAUUAAUUAAAUUUGUCUAAUCAUGACAGUUUCGUAAUUUCAUCAUGCAAAUAUUGUAAGAAAGUCGCUUCUCUGUUCUCUGUCUUGUAUUAAGGCCCUGUUACACGGUGCAAUUUUUCAUGCAACUUGUCUCGCAAUAGUUGCUGUGUUGGUGUAAUGUACUCAGGUGAAUAAGAUGCUUGUGUGAUGUUACUCUGCUCUGAGUGUAUAUCCACACCGGACAGACUUGAAAAAUAUGCCUGGCCACGGUGGGUUUCGAACCUACGACCUUUGGAAUACUAGCCCAAGUAUUCCAAAGGUCGUAGGUUCGAAUCCCACCGUGGCCAGGCAUAUUUUUCAAGCCUGCCCGGUGUGGAUAUACACUCAGAGUAACAUCACACAAGCAUAUUGUCUCGGAAUGUUUAAAAAAAAGAUUUUGAUAUAUAAUGCAUUGCAGGAGGUGUUACACGCUGCAAUGAUUUUCAUGCAACUCGCAACGAUAAGGGACAGAGGCAUGCGAAGAGACUAGGGAGAGGCGCUAUUUGGCGCCAAAUUUUAUUUAAAGUAAAGCGUGUACUGGGGUGAGUCAAUAGGAACUCUCCAAGCUAUAAACAUUGCGAGACAAGUUGCACGAAGGCAUGUUACACGCUGCUAUGCCAAAAAUAAUUAGUGCAAUCGUUGCCAAAAGUAGAGCCGACUUCUACUCUGUGCAAUGCUUCAUGCAACUUGUCUCACAACGAUUUUGACCAUUGCAAGGCAUGUUAAACGGUGCAAUGACUUGUGCAACUUGUUUUGCAACGCCAUUGCGAGACAAGUUGCAUGAAAAAUUGCACCGUGUAACAGGGCCUUUGGCCGCCAUCUUUUUACCAUCUUGUUACCGCCAAUUCGUGGGAUUGCGUCGCAGCAAACAACAUGAUACACGUGUGAUUUCUUCUCAUGCCCCAGCAAACCCGUUUCAUUGUCAGCGCCUGAAAAACAUCCCACGUGUAACAUAGACUUUAAUAUUAAUUUAACGUUUUCCCCACAUUAACAGGUGAACACCAUCUCCAAGACAAAAACAGGUACAAUGUUUUGUUCAAAAAUACUGUACAAUUGCAUGCCAGUUGAAGUAACUGCAUGGAUGAAAUGAUGAAAACGAUAAAAGACGCUUAAUCCCGCAAGCUAGACAUGCGAUUCUAACUAGACUCGCUGGAAAACACACAGUCUAGUUAAAAUGAAGUGUCUAGCUGGAAUAGAAACUUAACAAGAUUUAUGAGCCCGCGCAAUUUAAAUACGUAGACAAUUGGGGGGGGGGGGGAGGCUCAAGCCCCCCAGCCCCCCAGCCCCCCACUUCCGACGGCCUUGAAGCGUAUCAAGUUUUCCCCCAUCCACACGAACAAAUUUCUCUGACUAUAGCUCAGUUUGGACAAAGCUCCUUGCAAAGGGAAAAUUUGUCCAGUUCUGCCGUACACAAAUAAAACUUGCCAAGGAAAAACGUAUCAAAGAAAACAUGUUCGUGUGUACAAGGCUUUAAAUUAAGGCAUCAUUGUGUCUGAAUGGGCGAAGCGUGGUUCUUAAUUAUUGCCGUGUAUUCAGCCAUUACCAGACGCAAGCUUGAAAAAAGGUUUCAUGGACGUAGAUUUACAACUAUUAUAUCUAUCUUUGUUCAAUCUUUGAAUAGAGCGUGCAUUUCUGCCAAAGCCGAACCAACGCUAAACUCGAGUUCUUGUUAUCCUUUGGUAAACUUUACCCGACCUUUCUGUCAAAAUUAUGGAAUCGCUUUACCCAACUACGUAUAUCAGACGCCCGACCAGCAGAAUAAUAGAAACCAUGAAGCUAACAAGGACUAUGAUGUAAUUGUGAAGCUGGGUGGCGCAUCAAGUAUAAGUCGUAGUGUUGAAGUAGACAUCAACACUGUUAGAAAGUGCCUAGAAGCUAUCGCCAUAGGGUAUUGUCAUCUAAACUUUCCGAGUUGUGAUCGAACCGAUAGCAUGUUUAAAGAGCAAAAGAUAUGUCGUGAAUCGUGUCUUGAAUUGACUCAUAUGUGUGGAGAACUGUGGAAAAUGUUGGUAAGGUAUUAUGCAAUAGGUCACCCCUACCACCCGGAAAAAAAGGCCUUUCGUUGCGAACUACAACCGUCUAGGAAUGCUGGUGACUCCCCAGAAUGCUGGUAUUUCAAUGGAGACGCAAACUCUACAGGUAACAUUAUAAUUGGGGCAGUGCGUGGGAGAUGCAAUAAUUCGCUGUCCGUGAACGUUGAAUUAAAGUGCUUAUAUACGCGAGUUACUAAUUUUUCAUUAAAAUCCGACCUGAAGCUGGUCGAUGGCAGCGAUUUACUUACAUGAGUGAGUCACUACCCUAAUCUGUCUUGAUCAUGAUGUACUUGCCUUGGGGUUGCCACCAACCUAUACGAACGGGUUUGUGAUUGGUUGAAGAUAACAAUGAAAGACAUUGAACUAUUGAAAUUACCUUUUCAAAGAGCGAGUCAUACAAACUGAUCACUAUUGUUUUAUGAAGCCAAUCAUAAAAACACGAUUAUUUUAGGUUGGUAUUUACCCGAUGCUUGAAAAUUUGCCCAAAGCCUCAGUCAAUUAAACAAAAUAAGUAGACAAGAUGAGCUUCGAGUUGACAAGCAAGUGUUUGCAUGAGAAUUAUCUCAGCUCUCGUGUCCAGGUCUCAUAGAAUGAGAACAAAAGUUGUAUGAGAGUUGCCGGAUUAUAUAAUUACUUCGUCAAUUAAUUCCCAUCAACUCUCAUCAGAGUUAAGCCAGUUCAGCUUUAAUGAGAGUUGAUGAGAACAGGGCCCCACAGAGAAAUUCGGGGGCCUGGGGGGAAUUUUUAAUUCGGGGCCCUUAUUUUUUCCCAAAAAUGUUGGCGGGGGAGGGGGGUAAAAGAAAUUUUCCCGACAUACCCCCAAAAAGAUUAAAAACAUACAGCAGGGAAAUUAUGAUUAAAAAAUCUUUUUCCGGGCAUAUACAGCAGGAAAAUUAAGGUUCAAAAAUAUUUUCCAGACAAAUAGUAUAAAAUCGCGGCUAACUACAUUUUUUCGGACCCUGAAUACUACUAAAAGUAAGGUCUAAAAUGUUUCUCUCAUACCAUUACUUAUAUAAAAAACGUUCCAACUAGUUUUUUUGUACUUACACAUUUGCCCCCCCCCCCUUUUACAAAUUUUGGGGCCCCCUUUAACUGGUUGCCCGGGGCAAAUUACCCCGUUUGCCCCCCUCCCCCUUUCUGGGUGGUCCUGGAUGAGAGUGUAUGGGUCAAAGGCAAACAAGAGUUGCAACUUUCAUCAACUCUGGUCAACUCUCAUCCUCGUUUGACAAGAGCUUAAAUUGAUUUGCAGUAGUUUCUUUCAUGUGCCUUCGAGGUCAUUCUCCUGGUUUUCUUCCAUCAUUAAAAACUCUUUCACUUCGGUUGUGCGCCGUGAUCAGACAUGGGUGAUAUGAAGACACCCAGAGGCAUUCGUAGUUCUAAUUGUGUACUUUCUAAAAAUACCACGCGUAAUAGUGCUUCUUACUACAGCAUGUAAAGUUGUAAAUCACAUAUAUUACUUCUGGCUAUGUUUACUCUACCUCGAAUUUGUUCAUUUUUAGAUGCAUCUUCAGCUCCAGAAUGGGCUACAAACGCAGGUAAGCAAUCCAGAUAGCAGCCCGAAUCAAAUUUAUCGCCGAGUUAACGGCACAGAGCGCUGUUUCGGGCGUACGCCCAGGGCGAGGGUACUAAUUCCGCUCGGCUAUUUACACCCGGAGAAAGGAAAGCAUUAGCGAAGUCUAAAGUGGUGUCAUGGUGUGCUAUACUAGAGACCUUACGAUGUUAGGACGGCAAGGCGACGGCAACGGCUACCAUUACAAUAGAUCAUUGAAAGAAUUGCGUACUUACAAUAUAUGAAUAAUUUAGACAUUGUCCUCGCUCUGUUUACAACACUAAAUCACAGAUUUUCACGUCUUGAUACAACGGCUGCAUUCUAAGCCACUUCGCACACUGACAUAUGACACUGCAGAAAUACCUGAAAAUGAUGGACAGGUGGUGUUGAGAUCCUAAAUUAUCGUAGCUGCUUUUACCAUGAAAAUUAUUAACAAUUGUCUCUGUGGCAGUAUGUGUCUUGAUUUAGACAAUUUUAAUCUUUUUUAUGCCCAUUUGGCCUUUUAUGUUACUACUAAAAUUGAUAGUUCAUAUAUUAAUAGACAUGUAUUUUUCUUGACAAAUAUGAAUUUAUGGUUAGUGCACAGAAAUAGAGGUUAUGGGUGAAAUGAGAGAAGGGAUAUGCCUAUUUCAUAACACUCUAGUUUCUUUGUCAUUAAAAUGACAUAUUUUAAUAUUUGAAAGGGAAAAUUCAGUAUAAUGUUCAGCCUUAACAAUAGACCAUAAUUAUAUAGAUAAUAUAAUACAGAACUGAUUGGAUGUAUUCUCUUAUAACAGUUUUUCAGAUGCCAAGAAAAAUCUCGAGAUGGGUAGCAAAAUUAGUAGAAGAAUGCCCUGGUUAAAUUUGAUCCCAUAAAAGUUAAUCACCUUUGUUCGGAGCAUUAUAGUAAAAUCUAUCACAUCUAACCCAUUGAGCACAUGAGUAAUAUCGUCUGGCGUCAGACAGUAGAGUAUAAUAAUAAAGUAGGGUAAGGGACCGCGGACCAGGAGAGGCAUACCCUGAUACCACCACUUUUUCGGUGGAUAAAAGAAAUUACUGGAUAAAUCCAGCCUGCCUACGUGGCCUAGCUCCCGUGCUAUCCUCGAAGAAAUUGAAAAACAACAAAUGUGCUUAUUCUUAGAGAAUAAAAAACGAAAUGCUUAAAUGUAGUGUAAAAAUCCUACUUCAAGUUUAUCAAAAACUUUCUAAUUCUAGAAUUUUAGAAAUAGGAAGUUUUCCAGAUCGUUGGUGUGAGGGUCUCAUUACGCCAAUCUUUAAAUCUGGAGAUAAAACUGACCCAAUAACUACCGAGGAAUUUGCGUGA